AUGUCUAGCGAUAACUACGAAUAUGGAAACUAUGACUACCGUAAGAGAUCGAAGCGUGAAAUAAAGGAGUGCCAAUGCCAGAUUUAUUCGGACACCGAUAAGACGAAUAAAGGGAAAAGUAAAAGCAAGAAAACAACAAAGAGGAAACUACCAAAAAAGAAAUUGAAAUGUCUUGUUGAUUAUUCGAACUGGAAAAGCAAGGAUGGCUCUUCUUGUCAAGAGAUCUACCAGGGACUGGAACGCAGAAAAGACGCUCGAAAAAUUGAAGGCUACGAUCUCUGUCCACAGAGCAACAAAUGCGCCUUUGAGAAAAAGUACACUCGUGGGAAUUGCAGUGCUUUUCUUAUUGAUUACGAAGAGAGAGGUUCUUUUGCAAAAGCGAGAGAAUUCAACGGAAGACUAGAUGAAUCUUCCUGGUGGAAAGGGAACUACACAAAGUUGCCGGAUGUGGUCAAAUUCGGCGACCACAGCGUCUACAAACUCGAUAAAAAGAUCACUUACGCGAUCUAUGUGAAGCAGUGCUGGGUGAUAACUGGUCACUUGACCGAUCAUAUACCGUUUUUCAAGAACGAAAACGCCAACCCAAACUGCCCAGCGUUAUCGGAUACCAACUCUUGGGAGUUCUGGGACGACCCGGCAGAAAAUGAUCCACGACUAAGAUUUGAGCUACCGCAAUGGAAGUAUAUUCAUGAGCGAGUUCCAAAUCCAAAAUUCACCACCAAAACGCUUCAACACUCUGAUUUUAGCAACUGCAAUAAGACCGUCCAGGAUGCCAUUAUCUUCAUUCUUUUCAGCAAACGAUUUUUAGAAGACGAAAGAAUAUGGCUGAUUAUGUUUUUUAUAUUAUGA